AUGGGAGUGGACAAGAACCGGAGUAACCUUCCAACGACAGUCCCGCUAGUCAAGUCGUCCAAUCAGAUAUACCCCGCCAUUGAGUCGAUACACCUGCCGCUACCACGAACACCCUCCCUAGGGGCUGUUGUAUCGACGACCUCCGACUUCUGCUUCUCGCUCAAGCCAAGCGCAAAGUCACGGUGAACUUCGAAAAGCUCUCGCGGCAAAGCUUUCGUCAGAAUAUCUGCAUGUUGCUCCUUACUGCUAACAUGCGAGAUGUUGAUCCUACCCUCCUCGGUCAAGCUCCGGAGAAAGUGGUGCCUUACGUC